AUGUCUCUUGAGGAUUAUCCAAAGGAUGAGAAUAGUACUUUCUGUGGCCAUUCAAUCAAUGAUGAGUUGAAGCCUCUGCUGCUGGUAUUCUGUACAAGUGGAUCUGUUUGUUCAUUCUUUUGUGCACUUGCUAUUCUAGUCAUGAUCUUCUGUAGGUUCUUCACAGUCCUGACUCAUCGCCUCAUACUGUACAUGCUGCUAGGAAUAUUGUUCUUUUCUUUCAUAGUUGCUGUUCAGUUCCUGGAUCUAUGGUUUAAAUUUUGGGAAGGGAAUCAUUCAACCAAGUGUGUGAUUCAGUCAUACUUGGCUGAAUACUCUCUUUGGGUUAUGUUGCUGUCCACUCUAAUGGUGACACUACAUUUAACAGUAAUGGUCCUUUUUCCUUCUUUCUACCUUAGCAUUGGAAAACUAGAACCAUUCUAUAUUUUGUUUCCAUGGGCCUUCCCCAUUUUGAUUGCCUGGAUACCGUUUAUACAUCAUGACUAUGGUAUAUCUGGUUCUUGGUGCUGGAUAAGGCUCUAUAACAAUGACUGCUCACUGAACAAAGAAGGAAUGAUUGAGAUGUACGCUCUUUGGUAUGGUGAGCUGUUUGUUACUUUGAUUCUUAACAACGUUGCUCUUGUCAUCAUAUCAAUAACUUUAUGUAAACGUGCUUAUCAGAAGACAAUGUCUCUGGAUUACAGGAAAGCCCUCAAACAGACUCUCCCACUUUUGAUAUAUCCAAUCACAUAUCAGUUCUUCAGUUGGUUUGCAAUUGCGAACAGAUUGUAUCAGGCACUUAACAAUGGGCAUUAC